UGUUAUUCGUGUGUAUUUGGGGGGAAGAGGGGGCGCUGUAUAUACAUUGCAAUCAUUAAUAUACAUGCGCUUUAGGUGUAUACAUGUGAACGACGCUGCUUAUACCAGGAGGGAUCCUGAAGAUGUCUAUACUGAAGAGUUACCGUAAUCCCGACCCUUUGGUGCAGUAUUGUGUAAAUCAUUCAUUGAGAUUAACCGACGUGCAAAAACGCCUGAAUGAUUUGACUCUGCAGCACAGGAGAGGCAGAAUGUUGGGAGCUCCCGAGGUUCUGCAGCUCAACUCCAACAUAAUGCAGGCGAUAGGAGCUAAGAAAGUGCUAGACAUCGGGGUGUUCACCGGCGCCAGUUCCCUCUCCGCCGCCUUGGCUCUGCCUCCUGAGGGGAAGGUCCACGCCCUGGACAUCAGUGAGGAGUAUACCAACAUAGGCAAGCCGUUCUGGGAGGAAUCCGGCGUCGCGGACAAGAUCCGUCUGCACAUCGCUCCGGCUGCCGAGACGCUGCAGAAGUUCGUCGACGGCGGAGAAGCCGGCACCUUCGACUACGCCUUCAUCGACGCCGACAAGACCAACUACGAUCGGUACUACGAACUGUGCCUCACCCUGCUGCGUCCUGGAGGAGUCAUAGCCUUCGACAACACGCUCUGGGAUGGGGCUGUGAUCGACCCCGCUGACCAGACUCCGGACACGGUGGCUCUCAGGAAGCUCAACGAAAAGCUGAAGGACGACCAGAGAAUCAACAUCUCCUUCCUCAAGAUUGGCGAUGGCUUGUCGCUCUGUUUCAAAAAAUGAGUUUCGUUUUUUACAUGCUAGGCACAGAACUUCCCAAAUGGUUAUUAAGAUUGUUUAGGAGAAUGUCGAAACCUUAGUCAUAAUUAGAAAAUGUGACCAAGAAUUUAUAUAAAAAAGGUUAUAAAAGUC